UUUACUUUGCCUUCGUGGGAGUGUUGUACUACAUUACGCAAACCACUGAAAGACGAGUCGAAAGCAAAGUUCAGGAUUUCAACUCGGCUGCAGUUGACAACAUUCGAGGAUAUCCGUGUGGAUUCCCAACUUUUUUCCCACCCUUGGUUGCGGCGUACUUUUACUUUCCUUGUAUGAAGCGACUCUUUAGUGUGACUCGACUUCCCAGAAAAUAAUCCAUAUCUGGUCAAAAGUAUUCAACUGUCACAAAGCGGGACCCGUUCGCUAUAAAUAGCCGGGAUAAGCAGUGGAGGAGACUUCCUUUUGAAAACAUCGCUGGGCACUUAGUUGCCUUUUUUGGGGGAGGGGGAGUCAUUGGGAUUCUAUCGCGCCGCCAUGUCCAUCUCCUAUAAGAAGGAAGUAGUGAACUACAGGGACGUUGAUGAGGAGGAACUACUGAAGAAACUCUCAGAGGAAGAGCUACAGAGGCUGGAGGAUGAGCUGGAAGAGUUAGAUCCUGACAAUGCCCUGUUGCCGGCCGGGAUGAGGCAGAAGGAUCAGACCAAGAAGAAGCCGACCAGAACCUUCCAGAGAGAGAACCUGGUAGCCCACCUAGAGAAGCAAGCCAAGGAACACCCUGACAAGGAGGACCUGGUUCCGUUCACUGGAGAGAAGAGAGGUAAAGUCUUUAUACCUAAGGAUAUGGUGGAGCCCAUCAUGGAGAAUGUAUCUCUGGAGCCAGAGCUGGAGGAGGCACUGGCCAACGCCAGCGACGCUGAGAUCUGCGACAUUGCCGCCAUUCUGGGAAUGCACACUCUGAUGAGUAACCAGCAGUACUACGAGGCUUUGGCCAGCAGCAAUAUAGUCAACAAACAAGGCCUUAACAGUGUUGUCCAGUGUACUCAGUAUAAGCCUGUGCCUGAUGAGCAGCCCAACUCUACUGACGUGGAGGAGACGCUGUUGAGGAUGCAGAGGAACGACCCUGACCUGCUGGAGGUCAACCUCAACAACAUCAAGAACAUUCCAGUGAAGACACUGAAGGCUUUUGCAGAAUCCCUGAUCGAGAACACUGUAGUGGAACGCUUCAGCAUGGUGGGAACCAGGAGUAAUAAUCCCGUAGCCUUUGCCCUGGCAGAGAUGCUGAAGGUGAACACCACACUGAAGAGUCUAAACAUAGAAUCCAACUUCAUCACAGGGACGGGUAUCCUGGCUCUCAUUGCCUCACUGCAGUCCAACACAACCCUGCAGGAACUCAAGAUCGACAACCAGAGCCAGCCGCUAGGUAACAAGGUGGAGAUGGAGAUAGCCAGCAUGCUGGAGAAGAACACCACGUUGUUGAAGUUUGGCUACCACUUUACCCAGCAGGGCCCCAGGCUGAGGGGCUCCAACGCCAUGAUGAACAACAACGACCUGGCUCGGGUAAUCCGAUCUGAUCAUCACUCGGACAAUUCCUUUACCCUCACUCUGUCCGUGCCGGAACUGGAGAGGGCAUUUGGUAAAAAAGUUCAAGCCGAAACUCACCAAACCCAAGACCAAGAAAUAAGAAAGAGAAGGCUUGAAGGAGGUCCCAUCUUCCCCAAGUGUCGGACAAGCGUGUAGCGCCGUGCCAGGCGGCAGCACUGCCCGGGCCCGCCCAGCCCCGUAUUCAGCCAGACGCACUCCAACAGAUAUCCCAUCAACCCCUGCUUCCGAAACCCUAACCUCGACCCCUCCGUGAUGACAGAAAUCUUUCCAAUUCGAAUGUCAGAGGCUUUGGCAAAUCUUGUUCCUAUUGUGGAAUGGAGUUGAUCUACUAUUGUAAAAAAAAAUAAAAAAUUCCCUUCACAGUUUUCUACUGAUAUCGGUUUAGAUAUCUUCAGUAAUAAUAAUAAUAUCUGGUAAUUGUGACAUAGAGAAGCAGCCCACAUAUACAGAAAAUAUUUAUUUUGUUUACUGGAGAUGAACUUGUUGUGGUUGAAGAUGAAAUGGUGUUACACCCAUAAUGUAUAUUGUACCAAAUGCCAAGGGCAGCAGAUAGCCUAACGGUUAAGAGUGAAAGGUCGCCGGUUCAAAUCCCCGAGCCGACUAGAUGGAAAAAAAUCGGACGGAUGUGCCCUUGAGCAAGGCAUUUAACCCUAAUUGCUCCUGUAAGUCGCUCUGUAUAAGAGCGUCUGCUAAAUGACUCAAAUGUAAAUGACUUAACUUGCUUAUGAUGUUCAUACCACAUUACGGAUUUCAGCAUUUCACAACCACGUAACUUAAUGUUUUAAGACAAGUUGUUAGUCUGCACUUUGUGCUGUCUGUAAGCAAAGGCACAUAACGGUACAUGGAAGCUAUGUUCAGAGGAAUUGUUAAAGAUUAAAAACAUUUGGGGUGUAAGUUGUUUGUUUGUCAAAGUUGACCCCAUAGAGACAACCACUAAAAGCUGGUCCUAGAUCAGUUUGUCCGCUAUGGUGUAAAUUCUGUAGUAUUACUGAUCUCUAGUCAGUUUAAGUCUUCUCGGUCAAACCUUACACAGAGAGAGGUUGCUACUAAAGCGUUGGUUCUAGAUCAGUUUCGUGACGAAGUCGAUAUCUACUUAAGACUGACCAGGUGAAAGCUAUGAUCCUUUGUUGAUGUCACUUGUUAAAUCCACUUCAAAUCAGUGUAGAUGAAGGGGAGGAGACCGGUUAAAGAAGGUUU